GAUUCUGGCAUUCUGCGAUUCUGCCUUUUGCAAGAAUUCUUUGAGUCAAAAUUAUUAAUUCUUAUAUUUUUUGAAUAUCAAUUGGAAGUACCUUUGUAAGUUAUUGAUCUUUGUUUCAUUUUUGUCUGUUUUAAAGAACAGAUUAUAUUUAAAUCCUACUCUAUUUAAUCGAGAUAUUAUAUUUAUCUAUACUUGAGAUCAUGGAUGAUAAAGAUGUCAUUGAUAAUUCUGUUAAAACAGAAACAAAUAAAUCUGAAACUAUUAAUUCUGACCAAUUAGAUACUGUAGAGGUAACUAAAGAAAACCCUUCUACAGUUGAUCAAGAAAACAAGGAAUCAAUAACUGCUGAACCUGAACCAAAAUCAGAACCAGAACCAAAACAAUCUGAACCAGAACCAGAAUCAGAACAAACAUCCAUUAAAGAUACUGAUAAGGUCAAAGAGCCUGAGAAAUUAGAAUUAAUUCCUGAAAAAACAUUGGAAGACAUUGAAAAAGUUGAAGACACUACAGUUGUUGUUAGUGAUCCAGUUCAACAAGACACUGUUGUAGAUCAACCCACACCAGUAUCAGAUCAAUUAUUAUCAACAUCAGAUAAUCUAACAGAAUCUGCAGUUCCUACUCAAGAUAAUUUAAUUGAACCCACUCAAGAUCAAAUUGUUCCAGUUAGUCAAGACUCUGGUCAAGACAGUUUAGUAAAAGAGAAUCAACAAGUUAUUCCUGUUUCCGAUUCAGCUUUGAAUAAUGAUAUGAAACUUGAUGAUAACGGAGUUGAUUUAGAUCAACAAUCAGUGUUAAGUAUGAAAGAUUCAGAAUUGAAAGACUUGGUUAUGAGAGAAUUAUCUGAGUUUUUAACUGAUGAACCAUCACAAAAUGUUGGACCUCCUCUACUUGAAAUAAAACCAGAUUUUAUAAAAGGUGAUGAUCAAAUAAAAAUUGAAAAUCUUGAAAAUUCAUUAUCUAAGGUUGAAAAGGCAGAUCAAAAAGAAGAGAAAAAAUCGGAAAAUGAUAUCGCUGAUGCAUUGUCAACAUUAGCAACUGCUGCUUUAAAUCAAGCACCUCCUACUAAUGGAACAGCAGAAAGUGUAAUAUCAAAACCUAUACAACCAAUAGCACAAGUUAAACAAGAAGGACCAGCAUGGUGUGAUGUUGGUGUAAUCAAAGGUACUACUUGUUUAGUGAAACAAUUUUACUCAACUUCUACUACUGAUGAACACGAAAAUACUAGCUUAGAUCAUUUACCUGAUUAUACACAUAAAUUAAAAAUUGAUAUUCAACCAGGUACAGCUUACAAACUUCGAAUAGCUGCUAUAAAUACUUGUGGUCGUGGAGAAUGGAGUGAAAUAUCUGCAUUUAAGACCUGUUUGCCUGGUUAUCCAGGUGCUCCAUCUGCUAUUAAAAUAACAAAAGCACCAGAUGGUGCUAGUUUAACAUGGGAAGCUCCUCCUACUAGUUCUGGUAAGAUCUUAGAAUAUUCUGUUUGUUUGGCCAUUAAAAAUCCAAAGGAUGUACCACACCAAAGUCCAAAACCAACUUCAACAAAUUUAAAUUUUGUUCGUGUGUAUUGUGGUCCUCAUAAUGCUGCUGUAGUCAGUCACGAGUCACUUGGUGCCGCACUGAUUGAUAGGACUAAUAAACCUGCUAUAAUAUUUCGAAUUGCUGCAAAAAAUGAGAAAGGAUAUGGACCAGCUACACAAGUUAGAUGGUUACAAGACAGCAACGUACCAGGAUCAAACAAGAAUCCUUCAAUGAAAAGAGAGAAAAGUGUUAAUCUUUUAACUGGAGUUCCCAAAAGACCCAAAAUGUAAAAUAUCUAUUGAUGUACUGUAAAUUAUAAUUCACAUUUUGUUUGAACCAAAAUGUUGUGGAGUUUAUUAUAGUAUGAAAAAAUAUUGUAUUAACUUUAUUUGUUCUGAAUAAUGGUUUUAGAUGCACAUCUUAUUAGUUAAUAUACCUAUAAUAUUAUGUAUUAAUGGAAUUGACUUUUAAUUUAUAAGAGAAAUAAUU